GCAGCCGCCCAAAUCUCACCCAAUCUUCCACCAGCUCCCACUUGCGCCACCGGAGGCGGCGGGUGAGCGCACGAUCGGCGACUCAGUAACCAGUUAGGAGGGAAGCAGCCAUGGCGGGGGGCGGGGAGGAGGAGCCGACGGCGAUGGGCGGCGACAAGCUGAUCCUGCGGGGGAUGCAGUUCCACGGGUUCCACGGCGUGAAGCAGGAGGAGAAGAAGCUCGGCCAGAAGUUCGUCAUCGACGUCGACGCCUGGAUGGACCUCGCCGCCGCCGGGGACUCCGAUGACAUCUCCCACACCGUCAGCUACACCGACAUCUACAGGAUCGUGAAGGGUAUAGUAGAAGGCCCGUCACAUAAUCUCUUGGAGUCUGUGGCUCAGUCGAUCGCCAACUCCACAUUGCUCAAGUUCCCUCAGAUCUCCUCCGUUCGAGUGAAGGUCGAGAAGCCUCAUGUUGCUGUGCAAGGUGUCGUCAACUACUUGGGAGUGGAGAUACUGAGGUGCAGAAAAGCAUGAGCAAAGCACUUGAUAUGAGGAAGCCCGAGAAAUGCUCUUUGAGAAUCUUAGCUGAGCUGAUCUAUGUGUCCUGUGUAUAGACAUGGUGUUGAUUUCGCUCUUCCUCUUGGCACUCUUUGUUGCUGGAAGUUGGGCAAUCAUGAACUGGAUGAUUUUGCAGCUAGGUUCUGCACAAACUGAAAUAAAAAUGAUGUUCUGGCAUGCA